AUGCAUGGUAGACCCGCCGAGGUAGGUUCGUUUGAAGAAGAAAAGGUAUUUUUGUACAGAAGUACAGGUCUCAUGGCACCCUUGCGAAUCAGAGGCCUGCGCUCCUCAUGCACCAAGCGUUUCCAAGACAGCUGGGUGGCCCCUCAUUGGACCAGGGGGCCCGGCCGCUUUAGCCCCUGCGUUGCAGGGCGGCUACGAAUCUCAACGUCGACCACCAGUCAACCGCCUUCAUCAACCGCGAACUACGAAGUACGGAGCACGAAGAUGUCGCGGUUUACGAAUAUGGUGCGGCUGGCCGCCACCGAGUUUCGAUUCCGAUCUGAUGAUCUUCACCAUUUCCUAUCCCCCGGCUCUACGUCUCCCGGCAACACCACAGCGAGCAACCAACACCAACGGGUGCAUUCCGGUGGAUUAGGAGGCUGGGGCUUCUGA